AAAAAAACAUGUUUAAUGCAUGUAUGGCGUGAAAUUGGACAAGGGACUGCUUCUCUGGCUGUUGUAAUGCUGCCAUCUGGCGUUCAGGCCCGAGUUCGCCAUCUAGCGGUGACGUAUGCCGCGGGGGGUGAUGGGAGUUGGAGUCGGAAUGGAUUCAGUACUUCCUGCUUUGAAAAAAAAGACCAAGAAAUUCCGGCUGUUCACUAAAACGUUGUUUGCGUGCCAAAGUGUUGCACUUGGAAGAGGAAGAAGAGGCUACAGAGACAGAAUGUCUUUGAUGGAGCAUGGGGCAGUCCGGCCAGUUACAGCAGUGGCGUGGACGUCCAACAGCAGCACCUGCCCCAAAGAUUUCACACUGAUCAGCAUCACAGAAGACGGAGCAGCAGCGAACUUCACUCGCAGCUUUGCGAUGAAAUCUGGAUAUUACCUCUGUUACAGCAAGGAGUUGACGGCGGGUAUGGUGGUGUCAGACAUUCAGCUCAUCUCAGACAAGGACUCCAUUCCUCACGGUUACUGUUAUAUAGCAGAGCACCUCGAAGCAAAGGCCUCCGUUUGGAAGAAGAAACGUGUGUGUGUGCGCAUCGUCCCAGUGGGCAGUGUGGACUCAGCUGUGUUGGAUAUCAAAGUGACUGCCAAAAGCAAAAUGAUGUUGCAGCACUACACAUAUGUGGGAGACGUCCAUGGCUACGUGUUGUGGUGCAGAAAGGGACAUUUUUCCGGCCCCAUACCUCAAGCAAAGCCCCGUAGUGUCAGCCUGGACAUCCGCAGCCUCUCACUGGAGCAGCCGUCUGCUCCUCUGCCCCUUCGACCCAGCAACCCCCCAGCUCGUCCACUGCCACCAAAUAAACUGAGUCAGAGACGCCAGAGCCUCCACAACAAGGACAACUGUGACAAAUCUGCUGAUGGCAGUAUCCAGGGGAUCACAGCUUUAGAUGGAGUUCCCUUUAGCCUCCACCCAAAGUUUGACAUCCAGGCAAAUGGCAUGGCCCUUCAACUGAACUCUCAAUUAAACAACAUUCGUAUAAAGUCCCUUCAAGACAUUGAGAAUGAGUAUAACUACACUUUUGCGGUGGAGGAGUCUGCUGCAAAGAGAACCAGACCAUCAGUGCCGACAGGAAGCGCCCCAUCAGCUCAGUGACCUUUGAACUUUGACAAAGCAACAAUAUCAGACUUGUGUGUUUUGCUCUGUCCAAAGGCAUUCGGCAUGACACCUCGGAUCACGGUACAGACGAAGGAUGAUCACGCUUCUAAUAUAAGACUUGACAAUCGUACUUCAGAGAGUUUUCCCUUGCUUUCCUUUUUAUUUUCCUUUUAUAUAUUUGUCUAUCAUGCCAAGUCCACACUCCGUUACUAUCUUCAAGCAUUCGAAGUUUGUAUAUGCCAAAGAAAAGGGGCUGUUUGAAUGAAAUCGUACUUGCAAUAAUGUUGGUUUAACAUGUUUCGUUAUUCGACUGUUACAGGGUUAAAGAUGUAAUGAAUCUACAAAUCUGUAGAGUAUCUACUGUUAGGGACUACUCGUCUGCUGCAUUAAGCCCAACUUUUUUAUGCUCAAUUUUAUAAUUAAUACUGAGGUUAUGUUUUUAAAAAUGCUUUAUCAUAUCAUAAAGGUGAAUUUGCAGUUGAAGAUGUGUGCUGCUUGCUCGGUUGGAUGUUACCUGAUUUCCUUCAGUGCUACACAUCUCUCAAUCGUUUUGAAUCAUUGAGAAUAUCGUAAGCAGAGCUUCAAUGUUAAGCUUUGCUGGAGAAGUUUAACUGAACUCAAUAGAUACAGUAACAUAUCUAUAUGUAGGAUGUUGUGUAUUUCUUGUAUGAAGGGUAGCCUACUACUACAGGUUUGUAUUAUUCCAGAAAAUACAUAAUAUAUCCUAUUUUAGGGUGAAUGGAGGAAUUGUAUAUUUAGCUCUGUGUGUUAGUCAUAUUCAUGAUAUGUGGGGAAAAAUGAAUGAAUCUGAUUGGAUUUUUUUAACCAUGAAGCGGGAUAAGGACCAAAUAUUUAUCUUUGACAUUGUAAAAUAUCUAAAGUCAUUUUGUUGUUUUAUUGUAACCAUAGUAACUUUUAUUGCAUGGAAAAAAUAAAAAACAAAG